GCACUAUUCGCAGUCAAUCCUAUCUUGAAGAAGGAAUAACAUUGAUAUAAUUUGUUUAUAAAAUAGUUAUCUCACCCUUUAUCCUUUUUAUCGACCUAAGUAAAGUAAAUAGACACGGAAGUGGUUGGAAACUAUUGAAUAUCUAAAAAAAAAGAAAAUGAGCGCUAAACGUGUAGCUGUUGUCACUGGCAGUAACAAAGGUAUUGGAUAUGCGAUUGUUAAAGGAUUAUGUGAGAAAUUCGAUGGCGUAGUUUACUUGACUGCUAGAAAUAUUGAACGUGGACAAGAAGCUGUGAAAAAAUUAAACGGUUUAGGUUUUAAACCCGAAUUUCAUCAAUUGGAUGUCAAUGAUGUUCCCAGUAUUGAUAAAUUCCGUGACCAUAUUAAAGAAAAAUAUGGAGGAAUUGAUGUUCUUGUAAAUAAUGCCGCCAUUGCUUUUAAGAAUGAGGAUACAACUCCUUUUGCUGUACAAGCUGAGGUCACAGUUGACGUUAAUUAUUUUGGUUUACUUCGGGUCUGUAAAUCGUUGUUCCCAAUUUUGAAACAACAUGCUCGUGUUGUAAAUCUUUCAAGUUCCGCUGGUCAUCUUUUCCGUAUUCCGAGCGCAGAAUUACGGCAAAAAUUUGCCGAUCCAAAUUUAACAGAAGAAAAACUUUCAACGUUAAUGCGACAAUUUGUCAGUGAUGCAAAAGAAGGUAAACAUUAUGAAAGAGGUUGGGGAAAUUCAGCGUAUGUAGUAUCUAAAGUUGGUGUAAGUGCUCUUACAUUUAUACAACAACGGGAAAUUAAAACACCAGGUGUAGUUGUGAAUGCUGUACAUCCAGGAUAUGUUGAUACUGAUAUGACUAGCCAUAAAGGUCCCUUAACAAUUGAACAAGGCGCUGCAGCACCAUUAUUUUUGGCAUUGCAACCAGUAGGUGAAAAUGAAAUCAAAGGAAAAUAUGUUUGGUGCGAUAAAAAAAUUGUCGAUUGGUAUAAAGAAAUGUAAUGUAAACAAAUGUAAUU